AUGAGUAAAGGAUAUAUUAAAAUCAUUUUUUCCCUUUUAAUCUCAUCCAUAUAUGUGACCAAUAAAGCCCUUGCAAGUGAGGCCGUUUCAAAUAUUGAAGCUUUACAAAGAUUGAUUCAAUUAUAUAAGGAAACGUUUCCUCCCUACAAUGAUUAUUUAGAAAAAACAAGUGACCAACAACCCUUCAACUUAUGUAUGUGUCCUAAACAAACUGAAAUAGCAGAACAAUUUAUGGAUGAAGCUGAAUUGUUAUUACAACAGCAUGCUGCAAGUACAGAUGAUUACAAAUUAUAUCAUAAAUACGAUGAUGAUUCAAUUGAAUAUUCUAAGAGACAUGGAAAUACAAUCAUUUAUAAAUUUAAUCAUAAAAUCAAAUAUCCCAAUAAGUAUAAUGAUAUAAUCGACAUGAUAUGGAAUCCACGUGUCAACUAUUUUGGUGAUAGAAUUAUUAAAGAAAAAAUUGUACGUGAAUACUCUCCAAAUUUAAUGAUGAUCCUUCACCGUUACAAAAAUGAUAAUAUAUCGUUCCAUGGAUAUUACUAUGCUUUGGCCAAAAAAGUUAAAGUAUCAGACGACACAACUAUAAUUGUAUAUGCAUCAUCUGAUAUAAAAGACUUCGACCAGCUCGAUGAAAACAAAUAUACAAACACUAUUGUAGAAAGUGCAACCUCAUUCAGACCAACAAUUUGUUCAGAAAAGGAUAUUAGAAAUGAAGAGUUGAGAAAAAUGUUUGUUAACUUAUCUGGAUUUAUAAUUAAAAAAAAAACUGAUUGCGUUGAUAUCACCUAUCUCAACUCUAUUAAUAUUCAUACCCCUGUUUUUGAAGAUUUAUUAUUUAGAAUAGUUCAUUCAUCACAAAUACUAAAUAUUAUGAAUAUAACCACCAUAAUUUCCAAUAAAUAA